AUGAAUCAAAUAUUUGCAUCAGAAUAUUUUGAUACAAUUUUCAGAUACCUUCCGACUUAUAAAGAUUUGCAUUCUUGUCUCUUAGUUAAUAAACGUUGGGCCUCUUGUGCCAUUCCAAUUUUAUGGGAAGCACCCUUCAGAGUUAAUGACAAAUAUAUUUCAUCUCCCAAAGUUAUUCAAACCUAUCUUGCAUUUAUACCAGAUAGUACUUUUCACAAAUUGGGAUAUAAUAAAAGAAUUGGGUUGUCGAAUAGUAGACCUCCUUUUUUUAACUAUCCAUCAUUCCUUAAAGAACUCACAUACGAUCAAUUUCUUAAUGCAGUUAUUGCAAUCGAUUUCAGUGAAGAUAUCAUAAUUGAAUUAUUCAAAUUACUUGCUAAAAAUGAUGUAAGAUUACGCCGAUUAGAAAUCUACAACUGCCUUAAUAAUUAUCCUGAAAACCUGAAUAGGAAAGGACAUUUGGUUCUUCCUCAUUUUUAUGAAUGUACUUCUGUAUUUAGUAUGCUGACGUAUUUUAAUUGUAGCUACCGAUGGCCGGUGCAAAGAAUACAACUUUUUAAUGUAAUAGCGAAGUACUGUCAUAAUAUUAAAAUCCUUAAAGUCAGUAUAUAUGAUAAAAAUGAAGGAAUAGCUUUAGAGGGUCUUAUUCGUUCUCAAAGGAAUUUAAAAAAGUUCUCUUUGGUAAACAGUAAUAAUUUUGCAUCAUUUCCUAUCCAAGCUCUUUUGAAUCAAAAACACUCACUUGGCAGCUUAGCACUAGAAGAUAUGCAUCACAGCCCUAGACUAAACAGUGCAAAAUUUUUUAAUUAUGGUAUUUGUCAAUUAAAUAGUAGUGCUAUCGAUGUAUUGGCUCAGUGUAAAAAUGUCAACAAAGUGAAGUUUAAACAUUGUGAAGGGCUCAAUUCUUCAGUAUUUUUUCCUCUUGCUAAUGCUUUUUCGAACUUAACAUCUUUAGAAUAUUCUUAUGGCACCUAUGACAUUUAUGAUAGUGCAACCCCUAUUAGAUUAUUAUCUGAUAUCAUUAUGACAAGUUGCAAUACACUUAAAAGAAUUGCACUUGACUGGUAUUCAGAAGCUAAACUGGAUAUUACACAGCUUGUCGAAAUUAUUACACAACAAGUGACAAAACUUGAGUAUUUAAAAAUUCCACUCUAUACAUUAGAACAACUUGCAUUAAUUCACCGAACCCAUAAUCAAUUAAGGAAGCUUGAAAUCAAUAUGAAUAGAGAAAUAAAUUUUUAUAGUGCUCUUUAUCUUUUUGCAAAUGUUCCACUCAAAAAUCUUUGGUUCUAUUUUCUACAAAAUUAA